AUGCCUGCCGAGGCUCAGCAGGCGUCGCCGGCGGACGGCAAGGCGGCGGCGGGCAGCGGGGGCCAGCAGACGACGCUUGGCAAGCGCCCGGCCGAGAGCGGCGCCGUCGCCCCGCUCCCGUCCAACAUGGCGCUGCCGAACGCCGUCGUGCAGCGGCUCAUCAAGUCAAAGCUGCCGGACGGCGUGAUGCUGCACAAGGACGCGCGCGCCGCGUUCAACAAGUCGACGUCAAUCUUCAUCCUGAUGCUCACCACCAUAGCGAGCGACAUCAGCAGGGAGGCGAAGCGCUCGACGGUGACGGGGCAGGACGAGCUCGAAUUCGACGACCUCGUGGAGCAGCUUGAGGUCUGCCUCGCCGCAUUCCGCGAGGCGGACAAGGCGCGCACGCUCGCCCAGCGCGCCAAGCGCGCAAAGACGAGCGGCGCCGCAGUGAGGAUUCAGUGA